AUUACUGCGCGGCAUAAAACUUCAGGGCGCAAAACGAUCGAGAUGAAAACUUUGGGGUAAAAAAGGAAAUACAAUUCCCCGGAGUUACGAAUUCUUCCCCGUCAAACCCGUGUCUCCGUCAGUCAGAUCUGCACUCCUCAUUCCCGUUCUAGCUUCAGCAGGGAAAGCGAGCUCGAAGUCAAUCUCCGAACUCCGACCUUCCUCUCGGCGGUCCUGACUCCGGCAAUUGUUUUACCUGCGAAUCGAUUCUUACGUAUCUGCUCCUCCGUUCAUCGGGCUGGAUCUAGUGAAUGUUCGUCCUCUGAUCGGGAGCUCAGAUUCAACUUCUCUGUAUCGUUCUUCGUCUACAAGUUCGAAGCAUUCCACUGCAGUAGCUCUCCCCGAAGUUCUUGGACGAUUUCCCGGUGAUCUUCCGGCAUCGAUCAUGAAGUAAGCUGUGGAUUCCUUGUAAAGUCGAUCUAUCGGAGGAGGAAACCUGUGGGAGAGAAGGAUGAGAAGAGGCGGCUAUCUGAAGAAUCCGAUAGCUUUCAUAUGUGCGGUGGUCUCAGCCUGCUGCCUCUUCGUUGUGUUCGUGUCCGUCCUCAGGCUCCCCGAGGCACCGGCUGGGAUUAGCUCGUUCGAGCCUCACAGCGCCACGAAAAUCCGAAAGCUUUCAUGGAGGAGCGAUGGCCCAGACUUGGGUGUGUUCGGGGAGAUGAUGAUUGAAAUGCUGCCAAAGGAUCUCGCUUUCACCGUAUUUGUCCCCUCCAAAGAGGCCUUCGUGCGGGACCUCAGGCUGAGCCCGAUAAACAGCAGCCUCUAUAAGCAAAACACAAGCGACAACUACGCGAUAAUCUCUCGCGUGCUCGGCUUCUCGGCCGUACCCCGGGAUCUCUCUUCCAGUACAUUGCCAAUAGGUCAGGAGGUAAACUACGACUCACUGUCGGGUUUUACACUGCACGCAUCAAAGGACGAGGUUGGAAGGGUCGUGGUAAAUGGGGUCCAAUCGAAGCGAGUUGACAUCAAGAAAGGGGAUAUUGUAGUACAUGUUAUGGAUGGGGUUGUGAUGGAUGCUGAUUUCGAGCAAUCUGUGCAGCCAGAUGAUGAUUAGAUCAAAGGUUGCAAUAGCAUGCACACCAAUUUAUGUGACAACAAUCCAUAGUUUUUGCUAAUUUGCCAGAUCUAUACAUCUUUCAAGUUCAAUGAAGACAGUAACAGUUUCGGAA